AUGACCAACUCAAACAGCAACUCUCCUCACUCCAACGAUGACCAAACAAGUCCAAAAGAUAUACCCCCAACACAACAGAAUCAAAAUCCAACUGAAUGUCCCAAUCCCGUCUAUCUAACUACUAGCACCAUGCAAUCCUCUAGCAUAACUACGCUAACUGCACCAAUCGACCCAUUUUCUUUAAUUGCACAAGCUAGCCACCGGGACUCGUGCCGGGACUGUUCACAUUCUAGGGAUAGCACUACCUACCAGUAUACAGUGCUACAAACCCAACAACCAGACGGAUCAAUUUGUUACACCGUUACAACAGAACGAAUUUACUCGACCGGCGAGAAAAUUGUGGCAGCAGUAACCACUGUAGUGUUCAUACUUAUCGUAUUUGGCUUUAUAACCGUCUCAAUCUUAAACAGAUAG